GAAUUGAAGGAAUUAUUAAAUUACGAUCAAUUACAAACUCAACAAGAAUUAGAAGAUACCACAUCCGAAGAUAAUACAAGUCGUUAAUCAAUCAACAUAUACAACAACAACAACAACAACAACAAAACAAAACAAAAACAAAUUCAAAAUGGUGGAUAGUUUAGAUUUUAAUAAAAAAACAUUUUUAAUUAUCACAGGAGCUUCACGUGGAAUUGGACGUACAAUCGCCAUAGAAUAUGGUAAAAAAUUACAAGCAACUUCAACAUUACUUCUAUUAGCUAGUUCCGAAGAUAAAUUAUUAGAAACAAAGAAUUUAAUACAAAAUCCUGUAUUAACCGUUCAUGUGAAAGCUAUCGAUUUAACUGCACCAGAUAAAACAACAUUAGAAAAUAUUUUCAACGAUGUUUUAAAUGGUGAAAAAUAUGAAAAUGCUGUGAUAAUACAUAAUGUUGGCACCAUUGGCGAUUUAACAAAAACCUCAAUACAAUUAACAAACAUGGCUGAUUGGCAAAAAUAUUAUUCGUUAAAUUUCUUUACACCAAUUAUUUUCAAUUCAUUAUUUGUUGAGAGAUUUUUACAAUUAGAAUCGAAAAUAUUUAUUAUUAAUAUUACAUCGUUAUGUGGACGACAACCGUUUCCAUCGUUAUCACAAUAUGGUUCCGCUAAAGCAGCUCGUGAUUUAUUUUUUAAAGUAUUAGCAAAAGAAUAUUCACAUAUAAAUGUAUUAAAUUAUUCACCAGGACCGGUUGAUACCGAUAUGGCAAAUUCGAUUUUAGUUAAAAGUACCGAUCAACAAAUUAAAGAAGUUUAUAAACAGUUAUUUACAGAUCAAACGAUUUUAACACCGGAAAUGACCGUUCAUAAGUUAUUAACGAUUUUGGAAAAUGGAAAAUUUGAAUCGGGAGCCAUUAUUGAUUAUUAUGAUUGAAUUUUUUAAUUGCCAAUGUUUUUUUUAUUAUUCUA